AUGAUUAAUAUUCAUGGAAAAAGUAAACAAGCAAUAGGUGAGAUUUCUAAUUUCCCUUUUUCUGUGGGUGGAAUAGAAAUCCCUAUCGAUGUUAUUGUGACUGAUGCUACCUUUUACUGCACCAUUGUUGAGGACGAUAAUACUGGAUAUGAUAACAAUAAGGUAAGGAAAGAUUGUCAUGAAAAGGAACAAUUAGGUGAUCAACGAAUAGAUCAACCUGGGAUUACAUGUUACGUUGUUCAAAAAGAAAAAGAUCAAUGUAUAGCAGAUCUUUUUGAUUACUGCUAUGAAAAUGAAACCCCAGCGGAGGUCGAAUACCAGAUAGAAGAAUUGAAAGCAGACCAAGAGCAAUGA